CCCCUCGCAAUCAUUGGUUUGGCAGCCAAAUACGCUCAAGGAAUGACAGAUGUCAACCGAUUCUGGGACUUUCUUCUGGAAGCUCGAGAGGCAACGACGAGCUAUCCAAAAGACAGACUGAACCACGAGGGAUUUUAUCACCCAGAUCCCGAACAUGCUGGAACGACCCACACUCGACAGGCACAGUUUCUCUCUGAGAAUCCCAAUGCCUUCGAUGCUGCCUUCUUCUCGAUCAGCAAGACCGAGGCUGAAAGUCUUGAUCCACAGCAACGGCUCGUUAUGGAAAAUGUCUAUCACGCCCUUGAGAAUGCCGGGCUCCCGAUGAGCAAGUUCGUAUCGUCCAACACUUCUGUCUUUGCGGCUGGCUUUAACCAUGAUCAUCGUGAUCGACUGAGCACCGAUCCAGACAUAGCCUUAAAACAUCAGCCCACAGGGGCUGAGAGCUCCAUGAUCUCAGGUCGAGUGAGCUGGUUCUAUGACUUCAAGGGCCCCAGCCUGACCAUAGAGACUGCGUGCUCCAGCUCGAUGGUCGCUUUCCACUUGGCUGCCCAAAGUCUACACGCUGGAGAGAGUGAUAUGGCAAUUGUCAGCGGGGCAAAUGUGUGCAGCUCAUUCCAUCAUAUCCUUAGCAUGGGAUACUCGGGAUUCUUCAGUGCGGAAGGGAGGUGUUUUACAUUCGACCAUCGAGCUAAUGGAUAUUCCCGGGGCGAAGGCGUAGGAACCGUCAUCCUGAAGGAUCUGGAAAAGGCACUUGGCGAUGGUGAUACCAUUCGCGCCGUGGUUCUCUCCACAGCCCUGGAUCAUGAUGGCCGAACCCCAGGUCUCACUCGCCCUAGUGGGAACGCCCAGGUGCUUCUGAUUCAGAAUGCAUACCGCUCCUGUGGUCUAGACCCCAGGGAAACUUCUUUCGUUGAGGCGCACGGGGCAGGUACGCCUGUUGGGGAUCCAAUUGAGGUUGAGUCUCUGGCGAAGGCUUUUCAAAGUGCCAAGCGAGACCAACCUCUCUAUGUUGGCGCUGUGAAGUCCAAUAUUGGUCACUUGGAGGGUAGCUCUGGGCUUGCGGGUAUCAUAAAAGCUGUCCUGGUUCUGGAAGCUGGUCUCAUUCCUCCGAAUGUCAACUUCGAGAAAGUGAAUCCCCGAAUAAAUAACGACGAGUGGAAUAUCCGCUUUCCACUCAAAGUCACACCAUGGCCGAGAACUGGGCCACGACGGGCUUCUGUCAACUGUUUCGGUAUUAGCGGCACGAAUGGUCACUGCAUAAUGGAGGAUGCUCACAGUUACCUCAAGCGAAAAGGUUUGGUGGGGCGCCAUAACACCCGAUUAGUCGUUUCUCCUUCCAAUGGGCUUGAGCAGAAGAGGGGCGAAGAUGGGCCACCAAACCGUUUAGACACGAAAAGCCAGCGAGAAAACGAUCUGACCGUGAAAUUGCUCCUAUUUUCUGGCUUUGAUGAAGGUGCCCCUCGUCGUGCUGCUGAACAACUAUUGUCCUAUCUGGAAGCCAGGCAAGAAGUCAGCGAUAGUUCAUUGUUGGAUAUCGCGUACACGCUUUCUGAGCGGCGUUCUCGACUUCGCUGGAAUAGUUAUAUACUAGCUACAUCAUGCGAAGACUUGAGGAUGCAGCUCGCGACUGGACGAGGCCUCUCACAGUCUCAAUACGGCCAGAAGCCACCUCGAGUGGGGUUCGUAUUCACCGGACAGGGCACGCAGGAUCCUCGGAUGCCUCAACAAAUGCUCCGGUAUCCUGUAUUCCAGCAGUCACUCGCGGCUGCAUCAGCAUAUUUACAACGAAAAGGUUGCCCAGCUCCGAUGAUAGAGUCAAUAUGCGGCGCGAGUGAGUGUCCAAACAUCAAUCUCGCUGAGAUUUCACACAUUUCAUACACUGUAAUACAAGUUGCAUUGGUGGAUCUGCUAGCAAGCUGGGGCAUUCAGCCUGAUCGAGUAGUGGGUCAUUCAUCUGGUGAGAUUGCAGCAGCCUACUGUGCAGGAAAAAUCCCUCGGGAAGCGGCGUGGGAUGCUGCUUACCAUCGCGGACGCUUGACUAUGCAGAUUCUGGGUAAACCAAAGGGAGCAAUGUUAGCCGUUGGCCUUGACAGUGCUACCCUACUCGCGCACGUGGAGAAGAUUCGUCGCAUGGUACCCGGGGAACUUGUUAUCGCAUGCUACAACAGUCCCAGAAAUAACACGGUCUCAGGGGAUGAGAACCUGGUGUUGGCAUUGGAGGAGAGAUUGAGCACGGAAUCGGUUUUCAUGCGUCGUCUCAGAGCUCCGAACGCCUACCAUUCUCCCCGCAUGAAAGACAUUGCGGAUGAGUAUGAGGCUGCCCUAGACAAUGUGUCCAGGGAGGCAGACUAUAACUAUAGGACACCUGGGGAUCUCACCAUUCGCAUGUUCUCGAGCAGCACUGGCAAGGAGGUUUUGAAACCCCUACUGGACAAAACUUACUGGGUCAACAGCCUAGUUUCCACUGUUGACUUUGCUGGGGCAUUGGAACGUAUGUGCUUUGAUGAUGGCCACGGCACAGUCGACUAUCUGAUUGAGAUUGGGCCUCAUGGUGCCCUUCAGAGCGCAAUCAAAGACACUCUAGCUGACGAGGGUUCCAUCUCCUAUCGAAUGAUACUUAACCGCAUGGACUCCUCAACAAGAACAAUACUGAACACCGUCGGUCAUCUUGUCGCUGGGGGUGCAAAUGUCAAUUUGUCUGAAGUGAACAGCUGCUUCCAGUCGGGUUCCAGGAGCCCUGUAUUGGCGGUUGACCUGCCUCAGUACCCCUUCAAUCACUCUGAGAAAAGUCUCUAUGAGAGCCGCUUGACUCGAGCGCUGAGGUUCAGGAAGUUCCCGCGACAUGAGCUACUCGGCGCUCCGAUUCCAGAUUCAAACUGCUUGCACCAAAGUUGGAAGCACUACCUGCGAGUGAGCGAAAAUCCGUGGUUACGGGAUCAUAUGAUUUCGGGAAAGAUCGUCUUUCCUGGUGCCGGAUAUCUCGUGAUGGCCAUAGAGGCCUUCCGACAAGUGUGGGAUGGGACCACUCAGGCCGGGUUUCGUAUUCGAGAUGUGAAUCUGAAGGCGAUUCUGAUCGUUCCUGUUGAUAACUACGGCAUUGAAACAUGUUUCUCCAUGUGCCCGGCGGAAGAGUCGAAUUUGUCAAAUUCAACAGUGUGGAAUCGGUUCUCAGUGAGCUCAUACAGUUUUGAUCUUGAUGAAUGGACUGAGCACUGCACUGGGUUUAUCGCCGGAGACGUUGCUCUCUCUCCCAACCCCGUCACCAAUGGGCGCGAAGAUGCGAUCGACCGCAAAGCCUGGAUUAAAACUGAAGACCAAGCAUCUGCUUGUCAGACAUCGAUGGAGUAUGAUAGGGUUUAUGACAAUCUUGACUCUGUCGGCUUUCGGCUUGGUUCCUCAUUCCGAAAUCUCUCGUCUGUGAAGACGGGAGGAAUCAAAGGGGGCGUUAUGUCCGGCAAAAUCACCAUUCCUGAUGUUGCAGCGGCUAUGCCUAAGAGAUUUGCUCGUCCACAUCUCAUACACCCGAUUACACUUGACAAUGCUUUGCAAGCGGGGUUCGCUGCGAUCUGCGAUCUCACCGGCACUAUCACUUUCAGAAACAGCCUUGUCCCUAAUUUCAUAAAACGCGUUUGGGUAUCAGCAAAAGUCCAAAAUCAAAGCAGUCUCAGUUGCUAUGCAAAAGCAUGUCAUUUUGCGCAUGACGCCUAUUCUAUUGAUACACGUGCGUGGAGUGCUUCAAGCGCUGGUGGAGUCCUGUCUUUCAGUGGUGUUCGUUUCUCCCCUCUCCAGACUCAGGCUGCCGGGCGAAUUGACAAUCAAAUUUGUUGUUCCAUGCAAUGGAGCAACGAUGCCAAUUUUAUUUCCACUUCAUCCAUCAAUACACUGGAAGAUGAACAAACUGAAUAUGACGCAGAGCGGGUAUGGUUUAUUGAGCUGCAAUUAGCGGCUGCACUGUUGGCGAGCAAAGCAUUGUCUGAGUUGGAGGGGUAUCACUUUCCAGCCACGGCCUCACAGCACCAUAUCAGAUGUUAUGCAUACCUGAGAAAACUGGCUCAAGACGUAGCUAAGGGGUUGCUCCCCGAGGUGAGCUCGGAUGAGUGGCAAAAGUUUUCACAGAACCACGAGAUGAGCAGGGCCCUACUUGUACGUGUCGCUACGCGUGACAUCACCGGGGAACUUCUGUUUCGCAUAGGCACGCAGCUGGGAUCAAUUCUCAAACAGGAAUCCGAUCCUCUGUACCUCAUGUUUGGACAAGAUGACCUCAUGACCAAGUACUAUGACUCGGUCAUGGAGACCGGCCCCUUCCCGACUCGCUUCGCUCAGCUUAUGUCCACGUUUCAUCAUACCUACUCUGAUAUGAAGGUCCUUGAAAUUGGCGCUGGCACCGGCAGUCUCACCAAUCUAAUCUUGCGUCUUUUGUGCCCCGUGGGAGAGCAUAGGGAGUUCUGCAAUAACUGUGUCGCGGAGUACGAUUAUACCGAUCUGUCAUCCAACUUUUUUGAGAGGGCCAAGUCUCGCUUCGCAGCCUUGGGACACAUACUCCAAUACAAAGUAUUGGAUAUUAGCGUGGAUCCUAUCACACAAGGAUUUGCGCGAGAAUCGUACGACAUGGUUAUUGCUAGCAACGUUCUUCACGCCACACCGGAUAUCCUCCAGACUAUGAAACAUGCUCGGUCGUUGCUGAAACCUGGCGGCAGGAUGAUUACUCUGGAGGGUGCGCGUCAGGACACCGCGUAUAUUAAUAUAAUUUUCAGCACAUUGGCUGGAUGGUGGUCAGCAACGGAACUAUUCCGGCAAUGGUGUCCCUACGUUCCAGCCGACAAGUGGGAGAAAGUGAUUUCCCAAUCGGGAUUUUCAGGUGUGGAUAUCGAGAUCCCUAGCUCUCAGUACCCAGAAUUCAACCAACUCAAUCUCAUGGUAUCGACGGCAGUUGUACCAGUACCUGCCAGUGAUCGUGUGGUUGUGAUUGUAAUCGCAGAGAAUCAGGACGAAAAUCUUGCUCGAGCUCUGCAAGCACGGCUCAUGAGCACAGGGGUUGAGCAUUGUUCUAUCGAGCGCCUCCAAUCCCUAGAUAGCAAAUCUUUGCGGGACGUUGUUUGCAUUUCCCUUUUGGAGCUCCAUUGCCUACUAUUGUAUGACAUGGAUGAAGCCAACUUCGACCGCGUCAAGCACUUAUUGACCACCUGCAACCGCAUUCAAUGGAUCACUGGCUGUGAAGACCCGAGACAGACUCUGGCGGUUGGUCUUAUUCGCACGGUCCGAAUAGAACGUGCUGCAAACAAUCUGAAUUUAGUGACUGUGGCGGUCGACUUUGCAACAAGUUCGGCAGAAGACGUGAUUAACGGGGUCGCGCGGAUCUUCUCGCAUCAGUUUCUACAUGGUAACUGCAUGGGGAGCUACCAUCAAAACGCAGAGUAUCUACUUCAUGGCCCCCAGAUUCAGACAGCCCGGAUCGUCGAGAACGACGAGGCAACGCAUUCGAUAAACGCUCAGUGGAAAGACCCGGAAAUUGAAUCCACAGGGUGGAAUUCGUUGCAACGGCCGGUAAGGCUUCAGAUUGGACGGCCAGGAGCACUUGACAGUUUACACUGGGUGUCAGACACAGAUGUGUCACGUCCGCUGGGGCCAACGGAAGUUGAGACCCGCGUGUGUGGGGCGGGGUUGAACUUCAGGGACCUACUCGUAGUGAUGGGAGAGCUUCCGGAAGUGACCAUUGGUGUUGAAGCUGCUGGUAUCGUGACCCGAGUAGGGUCAGCCGUUAGAGGGCAGCUACAGGUUGGAGAUCGAGUAGCAUAUCUCAACUACGGGUCUAACUCUGGUGCAUUAAGAACAUUGGGACGAACUGAGCAGGACCUCGCGGUACGUGUCCCAGCAGCCUUGCGCAUUGAAGAGGCCGCUAGUAUGCCAGUCAUAUGGACCACGGUUCUGUAUGCCUUGAAGAAGGUUGCCCAGUUGCGGCCUGGUGAGUCAAUUCUGAUCCAUGCGGCUGCUGGUGGAGUCGGACAGGCGGCGAUACAGUACUCUCAGAUGGUUGGAGCUGAGAUCUUCGCCACUGUGUCAACAGUCGAGAAGAAGACGCUCCUGGUUAGCAAGUACGGGAUUCCGGCUGACCACAUCUUCUUCACCCGAGACCUAGCUUUUGUAACUGAGAUCCGCCAGCUGGCACCAGAAGGGGUGGAUGUUAUCCUAAACUCACUAUCUGGGGAGGCUUUGCACGAGUCCUGGGGCUGCCUUGCGCCGUUGGGGCGCUUUAUCGAAGUUGGCAAGCGGGAUAUCCAAGCCGGUGGAAAGCUAGACAUGGGCCCCUUCUCCAACAACAAAAUGUUUAUUGGAGUAGAUGCGCUUAAGCUGGCAAAGCAUUGCCCCAGAAUUGUGAGCGAUCUUUUACAAGAGCUCAUGCAACUGUGGCAGGAUGGAAAAAUCCAUCCACCAGAGCCGGUGACGUUCGUGCCAUACGGGCAGAUACAACCCGCCUUACGAUCUCUUCAGACGGGCCAGAAUAUGGGCAAGAUCGUCUGCGUUCCGCAGCAGACUGACAAGAUUCCUUGUGCUCCUGACCCCCCCGCGGCGUAUUCUCUUGACCCGAAUGCUGCCUACAUCCUGGCGGGUGGAAUGGGGGGAAUCGGCUGUAGUAUCGCCCAUUGGAUGGUUAUGCGAGGAGCGAGGCAUUUAAUCUUCCUCAGCCGGACCCCUCAACUGCACACCGCCAGGCAGGCCACGGUAUCCACCUUGGAGGCCAAGGGCUGCCGGGUCCAGGUGAUCUGCUGUGAUAUCUCGAACGCCGAGAGAACCAAGACCGUUCUCCGAGACAUCCGAGGUCCAAACGGUGCUUCGAUCCGGGGAUGCAUAAUCUGCGCACUGGCGUUGGCGGACAGUGCGCUCGAGAAAAUGAGCCACCGCCAAUGGCAGGAGCCCCUCAAAGCCAAGGUGCAGGGGUCCUGGAAUCUUCACCAACUUCUCUCAUCUGACAAUCUUCAGUUCUUCGUUAUGCUCUCUUCAAUAUCAGGCGUGGUUGGAAAUCGCGGUCAAGCAAACUACAACGCCGGAAACACCUUUCAAGAUGCACUAGCCCGGCUACGUGUGUCUCAGGGUCUCCCAGGCGUGAGUAUUGACCUCGGCGCCGUCGACUCGGUGGGAUUCUAUGCCGAACAUCGAGAGUCUCUCCGUCACAGCUUCAGAGCUGUUACCGUGCAUCGCGAGGAUCAGAUGUUGGCCAUCAUUGACCACGCACUGGACCCACGGUUGGAGCGAACUCCGGCGACCUGUAAGCUCAUUUGCGGGUUAGCCACUAGAUCCGCGUACGAGCAACGUGGUAUCCCCAUUCCGCCCCAUCUGCAACAUCCAUUGUUCAUGAAUCUGCGGAAUCACGUGUCCCCAGCCGGGGUGCCGACAGGCUCGAUCAAGCAACAUGAUGUGCAGACUCUACUAGCCACCGCUCAGAACGAGGAAGCUGCCAUGGAGGUGUUGUUGAUGGGGAUUCAGAAAAAGCUGUCCUCGAUACUGAGCAUUGCCGAAGACGAGAUUGACCCUUCACGCUCGGUGCGGGAGAACGGGGUGGACUCGCUCAUCGAGAUGGAAUUUCGGACCUGGGUCUCCAAGCACUUGGGGAUGACCUUAGACAAGGCUGACUUUAAUAUGAAGAGUCUACAGGAGUUGAGUGUUGAGGUGGCGAGAUUUAGC